GUCGGAUUGACAGGCGGUGAAGUGACGCAGCGAGAUUCGCCAAGCGGAGGGAAAAACCACAGAGCUCGGCAGCGCGGAGAGGAAGAGGCGGGGAGCGCGUUGUGACGCCGGACAGGAGGAGGGCUCAAAGCGGUGUGUGUGGAAGUGGGGUUCCGGCUCCCGCUCUUUAUUGCAACGAAUUGUCUUUCAGUGGAUGUGGCGCCUUCGGGUCUCAACACAGAUACAAAAGUGGAGUCCCCAAGGAUGCCGCAGCCCAAGUCGCGGAAGAUCGCUAUCCUUGGAUACCGGUCUGUGGGAAAAUCUUCUUUGACGAUUCAGUUCGUUGAAGGGCAGUUCGUUGACUCGUACGACCCGACCAUAGAAAACACCUUCACCAAGCUGAUCUCCGUGAACGGACAGGACUAUCACCUGCAGCUGGUGGAUACGGCCGGACAGGACGAGUUCUCCAUAUUCCCGCAGACCUACUCCAUAGACAUUAAUGGAUAUAUCCUGGUUUAUUCCGUCACGUCCAGCAAAAGUUUUGAAGUGAUUAAAGUGAUCCACGAGAAAUUGCUGGACAUGGUGGGGAAAGUACAAGUACCAAUAAUGCUGGUUGGAAACAAGAAGGAUUUGCAUAUGGAAAGGGUGAUCAGCUACGAGGAAGGGAAAGCUUUGGCUGAAUCCUGGAACGCGGCCUUCCUGGAAUCUUCUGCUAAAGAGAAUCAGACGGCCGUUGACGUUUUUAAGAGGAUAAUCGUGGAAGCGGAGAAGAUCGACGGCGGAUGUUCACAAGGGAAGUCCUCGUGCUCCGUGAUGUAACGGCGGGGAGGACGCGGGCGCCGGGAAUAUCUUCUACUUGAAUAAGCAAACUGCCUGUUCGAUUUCACAGUUAGGCUCCUGCUCUUAACCCUUUACCUGCCGGAGGGCCUGACAUUAAACCGGCAAGCCCCUCCGGGCAGGGAGAGCGUUAAGCGAAUGAGAAAGUUAUGGGUGGUCUCAGCCUUUUUUUCUUUUCUGAUUAUGCCGAUUUCCCCUCCCCCUCCCCUCUUACCAUCUUCAUAAACUCUCAAUCUGUAUAAUCUAUUUCUUCAUAUUACGCCCCAGACUUUUACCGGCAUUAAUUUUUUUUUUUCUCAGUGUAGUUUUGUUUCUAACGUAAUCAUCUAAAUAACGCAUAUUGUUACAUUUAUUCUUUACUUAACCCGGCUUCAAUGUCAGUGUUUCUCAUUGUUCCAUGUAAACUUGUAAAUAAAGCAGCAGCUGACCUUACUUCCCAA